UCCAUUCUCAUCUCUUCUUCUACAACUCCCUCAUCCAUGGCUACCACCACCACCACGGACCAUCAACGCAUCCAUCCACUAGACCUCGAGUCCGCCACCGCCCCUUCCGCCCCUCUCGUUCCCCGCCACCAAACCACCUCCGAAAAAACCCCCCUUCAUCCCCCAAACCCUAACCCUAACCCUAAUCCCCCUUUUCAACGUUCCAUCCCUCUUUCUCAUCUCCCUCCUCCCAAACGCCGCCGCUCCUGCUUCUGCAAAUGCCUUUGCUGGUCUCUCCUCCUCCUCAUCCUCCUCAUCGUCGCCAUCGCCGCCACGGCCGGCAUCCUCUACUGGAUUUUCGACCCUAAACUCCCCAAAUACUCCGUCAAUCGCCUCACAAUUUCCGCUUUCACUGUCAACACCGAUCUCCACAUCAACGCUAUUUUCAAUGUCAAUGUCACUGCCAUCAAUCCAAACAAGAAAAUUGGGAUUUAUUAUCUUGACGGCAGUGAAUUGAAUGUCUUCUACUCCGAUACCAACCUUUGCUCCGGCGAGUUCCCCGUUUUUUAUCAAGGUCAUCGGAAUACCACGGUGAUGUCGGUGCCGUUAAAUGGCGACGUUAAGGUUGAUUCCCAACUCGUUAGUGAGUUAACGGCGCAGCAACAAGCCGGUAACGUGCCGUUAGUUUUUAAAGGUAACGUUCCCGUUAAAGUUAAGUUUGGGGCUUUGAAACUUUGGAAAGUAACGGCGAGGGUUACUUGUGACGUUACCGUUAAUAGUUUAAAUGUUGGGAGUCCGAUUAGUAUUAAGACUAGUAGUUGUAAGUUUAAAUUAAAACUUUGAUUUAUUUA